AGACAGACUUUUUCCUUUGAGAAAAACUACUAAACUAUUCUUAGAGUAACAUAGCUUAGAAAACCAAAACAAGACAAAAAAAAAAAAACCUUUUACAUCUUUAGUUUUGAGGGUAUAGGAAACCAGGAUCUAAAGACUUCAAAGUGUUUUCAGGCUAACAGGCUAACGGUACCACCAUUUGAAGCUGUAAGUUAACCUUAAUUCUAAUUUCAGACCAGAAUUCAUUCCUAACACUGCACAGCUUGUACAAUUUUAAUUCUUUGCUCUUAAAGAGAGAGCUUUCAUGUGGGAAAUUUUAAAAAGAACCAUAAAUCAUCAGCAAGAUCUUUGACUGUUGACACCUUGAUUUUUAUCCUAAUUUUUAUUCUUUGGUUGAAGACGGUAAGUAAUGAUUAGUAGGAGGACCAUAUGAUUAUUUAUGUAAAUGAGGACAUGCCUCAGGGUGAAAGCAGGUUUUAUUAAUACUCAAAUGGGACAGCAGGGGUAAAUCAGUACUGUCCAGACAAGCAAUACCUGUGGACUCCCUAACUGUUAGAAAUCUUUCUACCCAGACUGCCUCAUGUGUGAGGUGAAUGUGAGUGUGCAAGUGUGGGUUAUUUAGGAAGAGUUAACGAUGUUCUUGGGCUGUAGGGAUAAGAAGCCAGGCAAGUCAUUAAGUAUCAGCAAGAGUAGUAGACAAAGUAGGAAACCACAGCCAUAAGCCUCUUUUAAAACACCUUAGGAAAUUUCUUGAAAUAAAAUAUCUGACAGAUGAUAUAUAAUUGCCUUAGUUGAAUAGUUUACUACAAAUUUUCUGCCAGAAGAGGCUCUGCAAUUAAAAUUAUGAAAGUGAAAUUAAUAGAAUUCAUCUUACACGUUUAUUUCUACAAUAAGAUAAUUUUUGCGUGAAGUUUCCUUUUAUUUUUCUGUCUAAAUAGGGAAAAAACAGCUGAUAUAAUUGUCUAUUAUCUAUACCAUGAAAACACUGCAAUAUUCUAGCUAAUUUUCUAAUUAUUGUGUAAUUAUAAUCUUCUUUCACACAAACAAAGAAAUGUCAGCUGCCUGAAGACAGGGACCAUGACCUCAUAUUCCCAUGCUUCCCCCACCCCCAUCUGGAAUCUUGGGGGCAAGAUCAAGUUAACUAUGCUCCUCAUUUCAUGUGACCAUCACUGGCCUAUGAGAAGUGUCACUUUUGUUUUAUUUACACAUUUUCCCUCUUCAUUCCUGACCCUGAAUUCCAUUUCCCUUUCAACCCAACUGUUGAAAACCCAACUGUUGGGACGCACUAUAAUGUUUGAUAUAUCCUUAAAUAUGCAAAUAUCUUUGUAAACUAUGUCUGGUUUUGUGUGUUUUACAUUCAUAUAAAUGGAAGCUUGCCAUAGAUUUUAUCUCCUUAUUGUUUCAUUUUACUUGCUACUGUUUAAACGUAUUUCCUUGUUGCUGAAUCUAGUUUGUUGCCCUUUAGUGCUACCUAUCUUCAUAUAUUUACUUAUCCACUCUCCUAAGGAUGGACACAUAGUUUCCUCCUAACCUCAAGUAACUCUGAAAUGAGUGCUUUCAUGUAAUCACCUUAUUUCUCUGUGACGAUUUCUCUUGCCUGUAUAUAUCCCCCAUGUAGGGCUAUGGGCUCAAUUCCUUUUCUUUGUUUCCUGAUUUAUAACAGAUUAGCAUUUCCCUCUGCUUUCUGCCUUUUAAAGAGCUGAUUUGUGGGAGCUCUUUGCAGACAAUACAUUUUAACUUCUUGUCACUUUUAGACAUUGCAAAUUCCUUCUUCCAAAAUGUGAUGUGUGUGUUUUGUCAACAGUACUUUUCAUGGAAAGACAUUCUCAAUUUUCAUAUAAUCAGAUUCAUGAACUUUUGCCUAUAGUUUCUGCUAGUUCUAAAGAGUCUUCUUUGUAAAUCCCUGGUGGUAUGGGUAUGGAAAAUUGUGAGAAUUCUCGGGACGGGACCUCCCCUGCGCAUGUUUUUAUCUGCUCCUUCCUUCCAUCAGACUCUGGAAAGUUUCUUUUACUCAUAAUUCCUUGCCCACUUCCCUCAGCCCUGGGAGGGCACUGCUAUUAUUUUAUGUCUCAGGGUAGCAAGAGGGUUGACUGUCGUCCCCAAGGCAUUGAAGGAAAAAUAAUCCCAUCCGCCCGGGUCUUCUACACACCUGCCACUUCCUCCCAACACAAACCCUAGGGGCUGCUCAAUAACUGCUUUCUUUUAAGUGUAUUUAUGAUUUUAAAGUCUCCAACGUAAGGACAGAUUUUUAAAAAUAAAUGUUUUCUUUGGAGUAUAAUGUAUGCAGAAAAAUGCAAAAAAAUCAUAGGAUGCCCCUCUAUAAAUGUUUACUAAAUUUUACUGCACCCGGAUCAACAUAUAGAACAUUGAUCGGCACUCAGAAGCCUCCUAAAUGUCCCUUUUUUUUUGCGGUACACGGGCCUCUCACUGUUGUGGCCUCUCCCAUUGCGGAGCACAGGCUCCGGAUGCGCAGGCUCAGCGGCCAUGGCUCACGGGCCCAGCCGCUCCGCGGCAUGUGGGAUCUUCCCGGACUGGGGCACGAACCCGUGUCCCCUGCCUCGGCAGGCGGACUCUCAACCACUGCGCCACCAGGGGAGCCCCCUAAAUGUCCCUUUUUAAAGGACUAAACCUCAGGGAAGCAGGAGAGGACCAUCUGCAGAGGUUGAAAGCUGCCAAUCAUGCGGCAACAGCAUUGCCGAAGAUGAGAGCCAGGGUCUGGGCCUCCCAACAUGCAUCUCCGGAGGUGGCACUCUCCCCUGAACGACUGACAUGGUCCCAGACUGUAGAGUUCUUUGGGUUUGGCCUCAGUUCUGGUCCUUGCCUCAGGUCCAAGGAGGGCAUGUGAAGCCCAGGCUGUUGCCAGCCCCACCCUCUCCAGAAGCCAUCCAAAGGUAAAUAACGUUAGUUAUUUGGUGGGAGGCUUGGUGAAGGGGCGUGAGAACUGCUGAGGCAGAGGAUCAAGCAGAGGCUGGUGGAUGGGGGUGAACUGCCCCCAGCCCAGCCAUAGACCCUGGGACAGAACCACACAUCAAAGCGACAAGCACCCAAAAGAAGAAUCUGGGGGGACCCUCUUAUAUCCAGGGGGCCUCCUGCCUUCCCACCACAAAAAGAAAAAGUCCUUCAGACAUCGGAACUGCUCCUGCGGCUGAGGGCCGUCAUCUUUGGCUCUUUCCCUCUGACCUCUGCCACUUGCUCCCAAAGCCUGACUCUCCCCUUGUGGGAGCGAGGGCUGGAGACGAAAGAACAGGGAGGCCCUGCGGUGUAGACCGUUUCUCACUCUGCGAGCACCCAUCCUUCCUGGCCCAGGACUGCUUCUCCCAUCACGGCCCCCUGGGCUGUCCAGACGGGAGGCCCUGGGAUCAGGAGCAAGGGACCAACCUCGGAGGCUGCCUCCAGGCCUCCCUCUCCGGGUCUCACAGCGGGGUGUGUGCACCUUGUCUGACGGCUCCCGGCGAGGCCGGCUCUGGGUGAAGCCCAGUCCUGGUGGGAGAGGUUCCUUUCCCUGCACGGAUGCCCUCGGCUGCCUGGCUUGACCUCCUGCACGAUGAGCCAGGGACCCGGGCGCGCAGCCUGGCCUCCUCGCCUCGCACGCUGUGUCUUUGGAAGCUCCGGGCAGGCUCUUCUCCUCACGGUCACACUGCUCUCUGGACCCCAAGACUGUCCUCUGGCCUUUCUCAGGUUGGCAGGUGGCCUGAGAAACCGAGUUACCAUUCAAGCUCUGCAAACUGAUGGAGAUGCAGACGGCCCCCACCUGUGGCCGCUGGUGGAGCCCGAGGCAAGAGCUGUGCAGUCAGCCCAGCACUGCUGGAGGACCCACCCGGCCUCGUGCGAAGAAAGGAUGCUCAGGGCACCUGGGUGCUCACCAAGCAGGAGCGCAGCACGACCAUCCAGGCACUGGCUCUCCUGAAUGUCCACGAGUCAACCUUCCGCCCCCACACACCUGGCACCGCCGACGGGUCUCAGGUCCUCCACGUGCUCCGUCCCCGCGGCAUCUCACCCACGGCAGCUGGGUGGUGGCGCCUUUCAGAACACGGGAAGGCAGGUGGGAGGAGGUGGUGCCUGUGAUGAUAGUGGCCUCUGCUCUGGGAAGGCGCCUCUGGCCUGCGUGUCCGAGCUUGAUGCCAUUAGGAUCUCUGAGCCUAGGGGUAGUGGCCUGGGUCAGGACCCACGGACACCAGGCUGCCAUUGGCUACAACCACCGCUUUGGGUAAAGGUCUGUGUUUCAUCAGUGCCUGUUGGGAUUGAGGGCAGAACGCCUGGGCCUGAUUUUUCUCGGCCAUCUCUGCUGAGUUCCUGGUUGACCCUCGCCCCUCACCCUGAUGGUCGGAGGUCUGAUGGGACAGGAGGCGGACGCUGGGCUCAUCCUCUGAGCUGCCACCACACGAUACUCUUGAGAAGAUAAAGCGCCAACCACCCUAGGACCUCAAGGCUGGGUGUAGGGUCGCUUGAUGUGUCUGCAACAGCACCUCCCACCAUGCAGUCUGAGAACCUGAGAACAACCAUCCAUCCCUCACAUUCUGCCACCGGCACCGAUCCCUGCCUUCAACCUUUUGUUGCAGUGGGGCCAGUUCUUCACUUCCCGUUUUACUACAUUUCUCCUGGCUCUCUCUGCCUGACAGCCGUGGCAGCUUCCAGAACGGACUGGUCCUCCUGAGGGGUAAGAACCCAGCUGGCACCUGAUGGAGGGGUUCCAGGCAAGUGUACCCACAGGCAGCCUGCAUAUCUGAUGAGAGAUGGGCAUUGGACCUGGAGCAGGUCCAUGACUGAGCUCUCCAGUGAGGUGACAAGGGCCCAGGCGGAGUGGCUGGGGGCUUGGUUGAAUGAGUGGGGGAGGGGCUCCUUCUUCCAGGAGUGGCACAAGUGGGGAAGGUGGGAGGUGGUGAGGUUGGCAGAAAGAAAAAGGAGGGGACUCAGUAGGAAAUUAGGUGGCACGGCGGAGACAAUCAUAGGUCUGUGAGGUUCACCAUGAGCAUCAACACUCAUGUUGCUGUGUAAUAUCCCUUGUGUGGAUAGUCAGGCGUGUGUUUGUCUUUUCUGCUGUCAGUGGGCACUUGGUUGCUUCCAGUUGGUACCACAUGCAGAGACUUGCCAGGAACACUCUCUUACACAUGUGGCUGCACAGAGAUGUGCUUUCAACGUGGUUUGUACACAUUCUGUCGUACUGUUUUCUCAGGAGAGGUCGUACCUGUUUACACUCUUACUUGCAGUGGUCUUGAGCUCCCUUUUCUCCAUGUCCGCCCCAACCACUGGGGUAGUCAGUCUCUUCCAGGUCAGUCAUUCCUCUGGAUGUAUGGUUCUAUCUCACAGUGAUUUAAAUUUGCCUUUCCCUGGUGACUGAUGAAGCUGAGUCCUCUUUGCUAGACCUCUCACCGUUUAAUGUAAGGUUCUCACUCAAGUCUUUUAUUUUUUCAGUUGGUUGUCUGUCUUUUUCUUAAAAAACAAAACAAGACAAAAGCCAUUCAUAUGAAAACUUGUAACUGCGUAUCUUAAGGAGAACCUCAUCUAUUCUAGAACUUUCCCAUCCAAUAAUACAGUGGCCAGUAAUCGCAUGUGGCUUUUGAAAUGAGACUAGUCCAUAUUGGGGUGUGCCAUGAGUGUAGAUACACACUGGAGUUCAGACUUAGUAGGAAAAAAUAAUAUGCUUUUAGUAUAUUGGGUUAAAUAAAAUCUGUUAUUAAAAUUAACUUCAACUGUUCCUUUUAUUAAUGUGCCUGCUAGAAAUUUAAAUAUACAUAUAUGGCUUGUGUUCCUAUUAGAACGUACUGUUUGACAAAGUUAGGAAAGGCUUCUCUGAGGAACUGGCCUGCCCAGAUUUGUUCUGACUCUUGGGUGUUGUGGUUGCUAGCAGAUUACUUCCCGAUUGAAAAGGAUUGGCAAAAAAUACCCUAAAAUGUUAAGUAAUAAAAAUAAGUACUGGGUACUUAUGGGUACAAAGUGUCUGCAAACACUUUGAAUUUAAAAACCUACUGUCACUUCAUCACAAAUUGUAUGGUUUUAAAUAUAUUUUUCAGUGUUCAGCUUGAUAUUUUCUCAUUUCAGAGAAACCCUGUGGUCUUCCAAGUGUGGAAAAUGGAAGGAUUGCCCAAUAUUACUAUACUUUUGAAAGUUAUUACUUUCCAAUGAGCAUAAACCAAAAUCUGUCAUUUUCCUGCUUGGCUGGUUAUACAACUGAAACUGGGAAACAAGAGGCCCAGACCACGUGUACGGCAGCAGGAUGGUCCCCAGAACCACGGUGCUUCAAAAAAUGCCCUAAGCCUGACCUGAGGAACGGUUACGUCUUUGACACAAAAUUAUUUUACAAAAUUCAAGAGAACAUGCGUUAUCGUUGUGCAUCUGGGUACAAAACCACAACAGGGCAGGAUGAAGGAGUGGUUCAAUGCCUCCCUGUUGGAUGGUCUUCUCAGCCAACCUGUAGGAAGGAACAUGAAACAUGUUUGGCCCCUGAAUUACAUCACGGAAAUUAUUCCACAACACAGAAGAUGUUCAAAGUGAAGGACAAAAUACGAUAUGAGUGUGCCUCUGGGUACCACACAGCUUCCGGGAAGAGGACAGAGGAGGUGGAGUGUCACCCGUACGGAUGGGCCCUCACCCCACGAUGUGCCAAAUUAAUAUGUUCUUCUUUAAGAUCAAUAGAAAAUGGUUACUUUCAUCCUGUGAAGCAAACCUAUGAAGAAGGAGACGUAGUUCAGUUUUUCUGUCAUAAAAAUUAUUAUCUAAGUGGAUCUGAUUUAAUUCAGUGCUAUAACUUUGGUUGGUACCCAGAAUCUCCUGUCUGUGAAGGAAGAAGAAAUCGAUGUCCUCCUCCCCCUGUGCCUCUGACCUCCAGAAUCCAAAGGUACUCAACCACUUAUCGUCACGGAGAAACAGUGCGUAUAGAGUGUGGACCUAACUUUGAGAGGCAGGGAUCAGAAGAGAUACGCUGUGAAAAUGGAAAAUGGACAGAACCUCCCAAAUGCAUUGAAGAAAAGCAGAGGAUGGGCUGUGAGGACCCGCCCUUGGUUGAGAAUGCUGCAGCAAACCUAUCCUCCAAGGUCUAUUAUAAUGGGGAUAAAGUGACAUACGUGUGUGAAAGAGGGUACCACCUCCGGGGACCAGAAGAAAUAACUUGUAAACGUGGAAAAUGGACCCUUCCCCCUGAGUGUGUUGGAAAUACUGAGAAUUGUAAUUCUCCACCUGAUGUAAUAAAUGGAGCUGUAAUUGGUGGAUUAUUAGCAAGCUACCCAACAGGAUCCUCAGUGGAAUAUAGAUGCAAUGAAUAUUACUUAUUGAGAGGAGCAAAAAUAUCUCAUUGUGAACAAGGAAAAUGGUCAUCCCCACCUGUUUGCUUAGAGCCGUGUACAGUUAACAUGGAUGACAUGAGCAGAAAUAACCUAGGGAUGAAGUGGAAUUAUGAAGGGAAGAUCUUACAUGGAGAUUUAAUAGAUUUUGUAUGUAAACAGGGGUAUGACUUGUCUCCAUCAACUGCACCCUCUGAAUUAUCGGUGCAGUGCAACAGAGGUGAAGUGAAAUAUCCUUCAUGUAUUAGAAAAGAAUCUAAAAGAACAUGUGCAUCUCCCCCAUUUAUUAAAAAUGGAGUUAUUAAGAGUUCAACAGUCAGGACCUAUGAAAAUGGUUCCUCAGUGGAAUACAGAUGUUUCGAGCACCAUUUCCUACAAGGGUCUAAGGAGUCCUAUUGUUUAGAGGGAGUGUGGACUACACCACCAUUGUGUUUGGAGCCUUGCACAUUAUCUUUUGAUACAAUGGAAAGUAAUAAUUUGCUCCUGAAAUGGAGUUUUGACAAUAGGCCAUAUAUUUUGCACGGCGAGUAUAUUGAGUUUCUUUGUAAGAGAGAUACUUACAUUGAGUUUCCUAUUAUCGGAUCGGAAUUGAGAGUGCAAUGUGACAGAGGGCAGUUAAAAUAUCCAAGAUGUAUUCAAAGAGAAAGGAUGUUGUCUUAUCAAGAACGCUUAAGAACAUGAAAAUGAAUGGCAAAAAGAAGAAUAACAUUUUGACACAUCAUAAAAUCCUUUAUAAAACAUAAUUGUUAGAAGAAAAAUGUUGAAUUAAAAACCUCUGAUUUUUUACUUGCAUGAAGAUUUGAAUCUAAACUGUUUAUGCUGGACAUUUUCUUUAUUUAUAAAUAAAAGCUACACAUGCUAUUGUUUCACUUC